CCCUGAAGGCAUCCAAACUGUAGACCGUCCCCGGCCCCCCCUUUGGUUUCCCUUUUUGUGAUGAUGGCUCGCCGGACGGCCUCCGGCGGUCGGCGCCAGGCCACCGCCCCGUCCAGAAGGACCGCCUCCUUCAUUCUGCUGGCUUGCAUGGCCCUCCUCCUCUGUCUGAUGACGGGGGCUCGCUCUGUGCCCGACUGCGGCCAGUUCGGCCACCUGCCCACGGGCUCCACCACCUGCACAUGCCUGUUCGGCAUCGAUCCGGCCACCGAUUGCACCACCUGCCUGCCCGGCUACACCCUGAAUCCAUUCCCGGAUUGCGAGGCGCCGGUCACCUGCCCGGAAGAUUGCCACAACCAGGGCUCCUGCUCUGCCCAGGGUGAGUGUCAAUGCGACCCCGGCUUUUCCGGGGCUUCUUGCGCGCUCACCCAGGCCAAGACCCCGGUGGCCCUGAUCGCCGGCGUGUCGGUCCUCGCCGCGGUCAUUGUCCUGGCCAUCAUCUGCAUCAUUGUCUUCAUCGUGUGCCUCCGCCGGCGCCGGGCCCUCGGCGACAAGGAGGGCCAUGCCAUCGCCCGUGGGACUGACUCCGGCACCGAGCUGCCGACCCUGGACCUUGAGACUGCCAGCGAGCCGCUGGACAUCUGUGACGCCUCGCACACGGCCAUGCUGUCCAUCGACCCGGUGGAGGCCUCCAAGCCCGGCGGGCCGAACUCCAUCACGGACGGCCGGACCCUCUCGGUCCUUCUCCAGCCGGUGGUCCUGAUCGGCGAGAUCGAGUCCACCUGCUGCGCCAUCACCGAGGGCCUCAUCAAGAAGGACCGCGAGCUCUCCAACAAGCUGGUUGAGGCGGCCUACAACUACGCCAAGAGCGUCACCCCCUCGCCGCCGGACAACUACGACCCGACGGUCAACUUCCUGAUUGCCCUGAUCGCCCAGCAGAUUUCCUCCAUCGUCAUGGUUGCUGAUGCCGAUGCUGCCCGCCUGCGCGACCACCGGGGCACUCCCACCAACCGGGUCCGGCUGCACUUGAUCCGGGCGGCGGUCAUUCGCGAGAUCACCAACAUGGUGAAGCUGGUGAUCGAGGCCCUGGAGCAGGGCCGCAUCAAGGCCCCGAUCAUCGGUGUCCAGGACAGCCGCCUGCCCUUGGUCUCGGUGCAGACCGCCGGCCACCAGGGCCCCCGGCCGUACAUGGAAGAUCGCUCGGUGGUGGCCCUUUUCGCCGAUCAGCUCCCGGUGGAUGAGCUCCUGCUCCAGGCCCGGACGGAGGAGCUUGCCGCGGCCGAGGCCGCGGUCGAAGCCGCCGCCGCCGCCGCCACCGCCGAGGCCGCCGCCAAGGCCCAUGCCGAGGCCGGCGACGACGCCGACCCCGCCAAGGCCGAGGAUGCCACCGGCGAGGAUGACGCCCCUGACGCCGCGCCCGCCAACAAGGCGGACGCCCCUGCCGACCCUGAGCCAGUGGCUGCCCCUCCCUCGGAGGAGCCGCUGGCCGCUGGCGGUCCGGCUCCCGAUGAGCCGGUCUCCGAGCUGUACCGCCCGCAGGCCCCGGCCAAGGCCACCAAGGUCAUCCUGAUCGACGAGCUGGAGCAGCCGGGCGCCGGGCCAUACCUCGGCCUGUCGGUCGUGCGCCAGGCCAAGUCCCUGCAUCCGACCUCGGUGGUGUCCAUCUACGAUGGCCACGGCGGCAUCAGCGUCUGCGAGUACAUCGCGCGGAACUUGCACCUGGAUUUGAUGGCGGCCGAGGCCUUCCGCCAGCCGACGGACUUCCCUCCCAACAUGGACCCCAGCAUUUCCCCCAUCGAAACCACGGAGACCUUCGACGAGGAGGACCCGAUCGCGGCGUCCAUCUUCGCCACCUUCGUCGGGACCAAUGCCAACCUCUUCGAUGGCCCGGAGCGCCGGCCCUAUGUCGAGACAUCCGGCUCGACGGCCGUCGUGUCGGUCAUCCACAACAAGCGCGUUUGGAUUGCCUGGGCCGGCGAUUCGGAGGCCGUGCUUUGCCGGCGCAAUGACUCCGGCACGGCCGGGCCGCUCCAUGCCCAGGUCAUCACCGAGCCCACGCACAAGCCCGGCGACCCGGUUGAGGCUGAGCGCGUGCGCCGCAUGGGCGGCGAGGUGUACGGCCGCACCACCAACAUGCCCCGUGUGGCUGGCAUCCUGGCCGUGUCGCGUGCCUUCGGCAAUGGCCGCUUCUCCCAGUAUGUCAAGCCCGAGCCGACGAUCAAGUCCUUCGGCCUGAAUGGCUCGGAGCUCUUCAUCAUCCUGGCCUGUGAUGGCCUGUGGGAUGUGAUCACCGGCGAUGAGGCCUGCAACUUUGUCUACGCCAACCUCGAGCACCGGAGCCUCAUCGUGCCGAACCUCAUCCGCCUGGCCCGCCGCCUUGGCUCCACGGACAACAUCACCAUCUCCAUCGUUUUCUUCGAUGCCCACAUCAACAAGGUCUAGUGUGCCAGUAACAGCCCGUGCAUCCACACUUGCAUGCGUGCGUGAGAUGACGUGCCACGCGGUUGGCUGUCGGGCGGACACACACACUCCGUGCUGUCUCGUUCUCCCUCCCCCGGGCGCCUGUCCUUCCCUCCUCCCCCCUUGCACUUGCUUUCCUCUCGGCAGCCUGCCUGCCGCCGCUUUGCCUACCCUCUUUCCCUCCUCCCCACUCUGCCC